AGUUCCUUCCUGUACCCGCUUUCCGACGUUCGAUCUGCAAACGCCAUUCCUGUCAUUCGCAUCCGGCGAGGAAGCUUACCACAGUCGUCACAAUGGGUCGUUUCAAGAACCUCAAGCGAUCGCGACGCGACGACGACGAAGACGAAGACGUAGCAAGCGAUCAGGAAGUCAAGUCAAGCAAGAAAUCCAGCAAGAAGGCCAAGACGAGCGGCGACUCCGGCAAAGAUGACGAUGGCAAUUCUUUUUGGAGUCUGGGCGGUACCCGCAGAGUCACUAUUAGCGAGUUCAAGGGAAAGACGUUCAUCAACAUCCGAGAGUACUACACGGAUGCUUCUGGUAGCCUCAAGCCAGGAAAGAAGGGUAUCAUGAUGUCUCUCGAACAAUACGACAAGCUGCUUGAGGCUAUGCCUUCCAUCAAUGCUGAAUUGCGGGAGAAGGGACACGAGACGCCAGCUCUCCCGAGUGUGCCUGCUGCAGAUGAGCCGGACGAGCCAGCAGAGACCAAGCCCGAGAAGACCAAGUCAGAGAAGGCGGCCAAGUCAAAGAAGAAAGCGAAAGCUAAUAUCGAGGCCACUAGUGACGAAGAUGAGGACGAGGAUGAGGAUGAAGAGGCGGAUUAGGGGUUCGUCCGUCACGGAAACAAACUUACUAGCUUUCG